UCAUUCAUUAAGAACCUUAAACAGGUGGACUUUCGAUGCAUGACAAACGUUGACAAUUUGAUGUCUUUUGUCUGUCAGAAUAGGAAAUUCUGUUAUAUAAUUAGUCAAUCCCACCAGGACAAUGAAGGCAAUACACAAUUUUAAGCAGUUGCUUCUUGCUAUACUCUACCUGUGUCAACUUGCAGCCUGUCUAAGUGAGACCAAUGUGACGUUGACAGAUGAAGACCUUUGCUUUCUGAAAUUGUGUAGAGCUGGGAGACAGUGUGUAGUUAUAAACAAGGUAGCCACGUGUCAGUGUGUAAGUUACUGCCCUGACCACAUGCACCUGGUCUGUGGAAAUGAUGGACGAACCUAUCAUAACCCCUGUUCUCUCCACCGCACUGCUUGCAUAGAAAAGAGGCACAUUAAAGUCAAAGAAAAAGGACCAUGUAUAGUGAGCAAGAAGGAAAUGGAAAUUAAAAAGCUUAAGAACAGCACUUGGAAACCUUUGAAGUGUAAAGAUGACGCCAGAGUGUACAUGAGAAAGAUUUUCCUAAUGGAACUGAUGCUUAAAAAUGGGAGAGAUGACGUAGUAUCAAAAAAAGCAAAAACCUACUUCAAAUCUGUGGACAACGACAUGAACAUUUACAUAACGUCAGAUGAAAUAUACCAUUACAUCAGACAAAAAAGAAACGACAAAUCAACAGAUAUAUCUAAAAGUUUCCGACAAAAGAUAGCGUGUAUAGAUGCCAUGAUUGAUAAGGUGGAUAAUAACAAAGACUUCAAACUAGACCAAGCGGAGUUCACCGAACUCUUGAAGCCAGAACUGAUUCCUUUUUCAAAAGGUUGUCUCAUGUCUGGAAUUCAUUACUCGGAUGGCGAAUCCAUGCAGAGAGAGUGUAAUACAUGUGUUUGCACAGAUGGGAAAAUGGCCUGUUCGGCUCAUGACUGCUCAAAGAACAAUGAAGGGAAAGAAACUUCGACACCUUCAAAAUAUCAGAAGAACAUUCUGAAAAUGAUAAAAGAAUUGUUGGCGAAGACAACAAAAUGAGGAGUCGUAUAAAAUAUUUUGUGUGGGGGGAUUUCGCAUUUCCGUGAACAUUUAGAAAAAAUCUUUUUUGAUGUUUUUAACAUUUAAAUUUAAUUGCUCAUUAUUUAAGAUAAUGUCUAAAAUUAAAAAAAUUAAUAUUUCUUUUUAGCUAACAUGUCUUUUCAUGUUGAAGAUCUGUUUAGUGACAAGUUAACUGAUGUUAAAAGGAUAAAAUAGGUGUACGUGUUUAAUUUUGCUUGGAUAAUCAUUUUAUGAAUAUGUUCAAUAUAUUGUGUAAAUUGUACAUUGUAUGUUGUAAACUUACAAAUGUAGCUUGCGCUAAAAUAUUAAAUCAAAAUAGUUUGUGGUUGAACGAUGAUUUUGAAGUUUAUUCACUUUUUAUCGGAAAUACAUAUUUUCAAAAACAUAUGUUAACUUUUGUAUU